CUCUCAUGUGGCUUUCCUUCCGUUUCUACCUGGUGCGGACUAUUCAAUGGAUACAAGACACUCCUCAAUGCUCUCUCCAGCACUUGAAUUGCGACCUAAUCUACCCUUAUGGCAACCUAUGCCGAGAGUAUCGCUAGUGCGUCACAUGGCCACGGUAGUCCCGACCAGUGUCAUCGGCGGAACUCCCCUCCCAGACAGCCAUCCUCGAGGAAAGCUUCCAUUGCGAAAGCGCGUGCCUCACAUGCUUGUGAUCGCUGUCGGGUAAUGCGAACAAAAUGUUCCGGGGGCAAUCGUUGCACCAAAUGCCUUAAAGACAACGCACUUUGUGUGUACGGUGACCGGAAAAGGGAGCGCAAUAAGAAGGUCCUAGCCGAGAGCCUAGACCGCAUCGGCUCGUUGGAGAGUGAGAACAGCGAGUUACUGACUGCUCUUCGUGCAAUAACAGAGCGGCCUGAUUUUCAACCGAAAGAACACAUUGAUAUAGUGGACAUCUUGGCCAAGUACUCAAAACAAGAAGAGCAUGAUCCAGGACACGACUCAAGCAGCCAAUCACAGACUAAGACCACCCCUUCUACCACUCCACAAACAUCAACCGCUCAUGGCCCGGCACGGGCGAGCGAGACCACGGGCGAAAACCGAGCCAGGUCGAGCGUGGGCUCUCCUGGCAAACAAGGCGAGCUACUUCGCAUUGUCUCCCUGGACAACGGAGGAGGGGCCUCGGGCUUUGUUGGCAAGAUGUCAGAGAUUUCUUGGAUCCAACGUGCAUUCGAGACUGUCCGUGGAUAUCGGAUCGACAAUCUUGGUGACAUCUAUGCGGCAGAGAUGGAUCAAAAUAUAGCCACAACCACAGACUUCAUCUAUUUCACGGACGAUACAAACAUUCUGGCCAUCAAUGAGGACUACGUUGAUCAGUUUCAUUGGCCUGCCAAAGACACCGUGGUGCUCCUGUCUGAAGCUUUCUUUCACGCCAUGCAGGGCGCGUAUCAUUUCGUCCUCCGAGAGCAGUUCCUACAACAAGCAUACCAGUUUUCGGCCCAGGAAAAACCAUUUCCAUGGAGCCAAAGGCACUGGCUAGCACUAGCAAACCUCGUGUGGGCCAUUGGGUCCAAAUGGCUGCAGUUGACGAAGUUGCACGAGCCACAAUCCGAUGACAAUCACCUCAUAUAUUAUGCGAGAGCGCGCGCUCUAGGCCUCGACCACAGGGUGAUGUUCGAUCAUCCUGACAUCGAGCGCGUUCAAGACAUCGGCCUGCUGUCUUUCUAUCUCCUCAUCAACGGGUCUAUCUCGCGCGCUUGGAAUACUUUGGGUCACGCUACUCGCCAUGCUACGGCACUUGGGCUCCACCUAAGAGUCACGGAUACCAAUGUCAGUGAACUGGAAAGGGCACGCCGUGCUCGAACGUGGUACUCUCUUUAUAGCCUGGAGAUAUUGAUUGCCGAAAUUACAGGACGUCCAAAAUCCAUUUUCUUGACUGACGUGACCAUCCCGAUCGACCUGUUCUGGUCAGUCCCUCGGGAAACCCUGGCAUUUUCCGAACAAGUCGACCACUUCUUGUCUCCUGCUGGCUCCAGGAAAAUCUGGCUCGAAUAUUUACAUUCUGGCUCCGGGAUAUCCCAUAUGACCGGCGGCAUGGUGCCUUGGAAAAGCCUUUCGUCCGUUGGACGCGACGUGCCCAUCUCUUACUUGCCCCAGCGACUGUACCUAUGUCGUUUGAGCGAUAAGGUCGCGUCGCAUUUGUACAGUGGCACCUCCGAAGACUCGUGGUCUGAGAUACAACAGAAACUAGGCAAUCUGCAAGACGAGCUGAGACAGUGGGCUGGCAAUCUACCCCAAGAGCUGGCCAUCCAAGGCCAAGAGUCCGCCGGGACUGAUCCGAGGGCGAAGAUCGAACUGGGUAUAUACUAUUACAGUGUCGAAAUGAUUCUCAAUCGCGUCUGUCUUUGCGAAAUCACUAUACCAGAUGAAUCUGCCGGGUCGCAGGAGUUCAACCGCAGUUCGGCGCGGACGUGUGUUCACGCGGCUAUGUCCAUGCUAGCCAUGCUGCCAGAUCAUCCGACCGCGCAUGAAGCCUACCAGCUUCUCCCUUGGUGGGAGCUUCUUCAUUUCGUGGCACAAGCGACAGCGGUGUUACUGCUUGAACUCGCCCUUGACGCACAGCACUUCCGUAACGAGGUAGCGCAGAUAGUCACUUCUCUGCGCAAAGCGAUGGGCUAUCUCUGGUGUAUGACCGAGAUGUCUCUAUCAGCGUAUAGAGCAUGGAGGAUCUUUCGCCAACUGCUGACCGAAGUUAUGGGUCGGCAUGACGAUCUGGAUCUAACGGAUAUUCCGACCGAGGCAGCACCGCCGCCGGGGUGGAAUGAUGCGCUUGAGGCGGUGACGACGAGGGCCUUCCCAGGCUCCUGUAAGAAGGUUCUCAUUCCCUGUACGACCGUAAUGAUGGCAUGA